GCCGAGAGAAGCGGUUGACUCGUAGCAAUUAUUUCUAAUAAACACUGCAUUGCCCUGGACUAGUGAAAUCAAAGAGUGGCGGUCCGUCAACGGCGAGGAUUACAGAGGCUUGAGUUGUGGUCGGGGGAUAACGUGUUCAUCGCAGACCGUCCGAAGCACUGCAGAUUCUGUAGAAGAUGAAUUAUGUGGGACUGAAUUUGCACUCAGUGAGCCCACUUCCCUCCACAAUGGCAGCAUCGUCUGCCUAUCAAACCAAGCCAUCCUCAGAAGCCGGGCCCAACAGCAGCACCAGCCUAAUCAAAGACGAGUGUGAGUCCGAGGAACCAAGCAAGAAACUCAAGGUUGAUCACGAGCACGGUGCCAGUGAGAGCCACCAUAAAGUAGACUUCUGGUUCUGUGAGGAGUGCAAAGAGUAUUUCUUGGAGGAAUGCCCAAACCAUGGUCCUCCGGUCUUUGUGCCAGACACACCAGUGGCACUGGGGGUGCCCAACCGGGCUUCCCUCACAGUGCCCUCGGGAAUAGAGCUCGUCCGGGAGGAGGAGGAGGUGGAUGUGUGCUGCAUAGAUGCGGGCAUCCCCAAGGGGGCGCUCUUUGGCCCGUAUCAGGGGGAGUUGGUAUCUAAGGACUAUUCCUCAGGGUUUUUCUCUUGGAUGAUCGUUGAUGAGAACAACACAUACAAAUCCAUUGAUGGCAGUGAUGAAACUAAAGCCAACUGGAUGAGGUAUAUACGUAAUUCGUCGGAUGAGAAUGAGAGGAACAUGACUGCGUUCCAGCAUGGAGAACAUAUAUAUUUCCGUGUGUGUCGGGAGUUGUCGGCGGGAGAGAGGCUCCGUGUGUGGUACAGCGAUGACUACAUGAGGCGGCUACACAGUGUCUCGCAGGACAGUAUUGGCCACAACCUGGACACAGGACUGUUGACUGUUGGGAAAUCCGAGGCCCAGGAGGAGACCAAAGGACCUGUGCUCAGGUCAGCUCUGCAUGGCAGGUGCAGCCUCAGCAAGCACACCAGCGAGGAGGGGGACGGCCAACCACAGGCCAAGAAGAAAAAGAUCGACCUCAUCUUUAAAGAUGUCCUGGAAGCAUCUCUGGAGGCCUCCAAGAGCCAGGGAAACCCCCUGAACAGCACCUUCUCCAUGAGGCGGACCAGAGCUCAGCGCGUCACGCUCACUUCCCAGAGUGGGGAGUCCUAUCUGGCCCAGGAGGAAUGCAAAGUGGCUGGUCUGGGUCUCCACCCAUCAGAGCACCUAGAGGGGGGCUUUAAUGUUAGGUGUCUGAAGAUGGAGGAUUCCGAAGACGACCCUGGUCAGAUUCAUGAGGAGCCUUCUACCUCGUUCUGCCCCAACUGUGUGAAGCUGAAGAGGAGGAUUCGGGAGCUGGAGGCAGAGGUGAUUCGUCUGAGGGGAGGAGAGCAGGUGGAGGUACCACCCCACCCUGAGCUGGCACCAAUAGAUGAGCUCCAAGCAGCUGAGGCCAUGACCCCUAUUCCCGUGGUGCUGGAUGAGGAUGAUCAGGAUGUGGACUCUGCAGAUGAGUCCAUCACUGCUGACCUCAUGGUGGCUGCUGACGACUCCUCCAAGCUGUUGGCUGGGCCUGGCCGACGGAUACGCCGCUUCAAGCAGGAAUGGCUCAAGAAGUUCUGGUUCCUGCGCUACUCGCCAACCCUCAACGAGAUGUGGUGUCAUGUCUGCCGCCAGUAUACCGUCCAGUCCUCACGCACCUCCGCCUUCAUCAUCGGCUCCAAGCAGUUCAAGAUCCACACUAUCAAGCUGCACAGCCAAAGCAACCUGCACAAAAAGUGCCUGCAGCUAUACAAGCUUCGGAUGCACCCGGAGAAAACAGAGGAGAUGUGUCGUAACAUGAUGCUGCUGUUCAAUGCUGCUUACCACCUGGCACUGGAGGGCCGACCCUUCUCAGACCUGCGAGCGCUGGCUGAGUUGCUCAAGAAGUGCGAGCUCAAGGUGGUCGACCAGUACAUGAACGAAGGUGACUGCCAGAUCCUCAUCCACCAUAUCGCCAGGGCGCUUAAGGAAGACCUGGCGGAGAGGAUACGCCUGUCGCCCUUCCUCAGUGUCAUCAUGGACGGGCAGAACGAUGACUUGCUGUCAGACACCGUUGCCGUCUAUGUGCAGUUCACCACCAGCGAAGGACCCCCUGCCACAGAGUUCCUCUCCCUACAGAGGCUAAGCGUUGGCAGUGUGGAUGGCUACCUCCAGGCCAUUGAUCGGGCCUUUGCUGUGCUUGGUCUGAAGCUUCAGGACAUGCUGGUGGCCGGUCUGGGGGUCGAUGGCUCCAACAUCUCCUCCAGUUUGAGAGCAAAUCUGUACAUUGCAGUACGGAAGAAGCUUCCCUGGAUCCUCUGCUUGCCGGUCAUGAUCCAUCGUCCUCACCUGGAGGUGCUGGAUGCCAUCAGUGGGAAGGAGCUGUCCUGCCUGGAGGACCUUGAAAACAACCUGAAGCAGCUGCUGAGCUUCUAUCGGUACUCCCCUCGCAUGAUGGCCGAGCUCAGGUCUACCGCCCCCACGCUGUCUGAGGAGACAGAGUUCCUGGGAGAUAUACGAGCCGUCAGCUGGAUUAUAGGAGAGCCAAACGUCCUGAAUGCCCUUAUCAAAGAUUACCUGGAGGUGGUGGCGCACCUCAAGGAUAUCAGCGGCCAAACGCAGAGGGCAGAUGCAGCUGCCAUCGCCUUGACCCUGCUUCAAUUCCUCAUGGAUUACCAGUCUGUCAAGCUAAUAUACUUUCUCCUGGAUGUCAUCGCUGUUCUUUCGCGUCUGGCCUUCAUCUUUCAGGGGGACUACCUGCUGGUGUCUCAGGUAGACGCCAAGAUCGAAGAGGCAAUCCAUGAGAUCGGUCAGCUGGUGGACUGCCCUGGGGAGUAUCUGCAGGAGUUUGAGGAGAACUUCCGCGAAAGCUUCAACGGCGUAGACCUGAAUAACUUGCGCGUCGCCGAGUCCAAGUUCCAAUCCAUCCGCGAAAAGAUCUGCCAGAAGAGCCAGGGAAUCUUGUCCCAGCGACUCGACAUGCACAGCCGCACGGUGGUCAAGGCGUGCCGUGUGCUUGACCUCACCACCUGGCCACGCAACAGGGAUGACCUACGAGCCUUCGGGGAGGAAGAGAUCCUGCUCAUUUUUGACCACCUUGAAGCGAUCCCCUCGGCUGUCCGGGAGACGUCGCGGGACAGAACUGACGCUCGGGGCAGCUUGCUGGUGGAGUGGAGGGACCUCAAAGCCGACUACUACAGCAUGAAUGGCUUCAAGGAGGUGGUCAGUCAAAUCUCCAGGCACAAGCAACGCUUCCCUCUGCUUAACCGCAUACUCCAAGUUGUCAGGGUCUUGCCCACUUCCACCACCUGCUGUGACAAGGGCCGGGGGUCCCUGCAGAAAGUGCGCAAGAACAACCGCUCAAGGCUGACGCUGGACCAGAUGAAUGACCUACUGACCCUAGCAGUCAACGGGCCGCCAAUAGCAAACUUCGAUGGCAAGCGACCAUUGGACAGCUGGUUUGAGGAGAAGUCUGGCAACAGCUAUUCACUCUCAGCCGAAAUGCUGAAUAGAAUGUCGGCUAAUGAACAAAAGUAUGUUCUGCACAGCAUGAAUGUGAACACAGAGUUCUACCCUGAUAUUUGACUGAUGAGAGCCAGGGCUUUACUUCACUUUAUUCCAAAAGCCAUCCCGGGGGGAGGGGUGAUCUGGGCUAUAAUGUGAUUGGCCAUACAAGUGUGCAAUGGCCCUGCUGCUAAAAUGGCCUGAUCAGCAUCACUUUAGAAAAUGGAAACCUAGCUAGUAGAAUCUGUUGAGCACACGUUUAUGUCAAGCUCAGGGGGCAAAGUUGGUCUUAAAAGGCAAGACAGCAAACCUGACUUAGUGAAAACAAUCAGUUUGUAUGAGUGUUGAAUUUUAAGUGUGUAACAUAUAGCACUUAUUUAGAGCAUGUGCUGAUCAAUGGUAUCAACUCUGUUAGAAAUGGUCAUUAUCAUUUAGUGGGGCUUUUAAAAUCUGCAGUCAACACCAUUAUUUGGAAAAUGCCAUAGGUUAAUAGCUCAAGUAUAUGUUUUUUGUAACAAUGCAAAUUAUUUCUCUUUCAAACAAGUCUUUGAUUUCUAUACAUUUACGGUUUAUUUUAAAAGUAGUAAAUGUUUGGUUCAAAUGACAUUUGUAUGAGAUUGUGCCAUAACAGCAUAUUGCAAGGUGAUAAAGUGAAAGUUCACAAAUAACCAAGGUGCUAUGCCACACAUCGUCACAAGAGAUUAUAUGGUUUGUUUAAGUGUUUUUUUGUACAGGUGUAUAUACUGCUGUGGUGAUUGAUAUUUCUUUUGUGGCUUUUAUAGGUCUUAAAAGAUUCCAUCGAGGGGAAUGUAUUCUUUGUUUAAUUGCCUAAACAAAUGUAGGUCUAUUAUUCAUUAUGAAGCAGGUAGUUUGGAUGCUGAUUGGAUGAAAGGCGUGGUAUAUCAGACAUUAUAAACUCGGGGGUUCGAGCCCUGAAUGCUGAUUGGCUGACAGCCGUGGUAUAUCAGAC